GCGUGAUCAUGUCCCAAGAAAGGUAUGGUACUGUCAGGGACCCGCAGGAGUCGCCGGCAGCGGGAGGAAGAGGACACGUUCUACCUUUGUUGAGCACGACCUGGUGAGGGAUUUGAUUUCCAUGAAAUUGCGACAGGGUGGGCGCCACGGCGCGUCAGAAUUUCCGUCCAAACAUCCAAAAGACCGCGGGGAUGCAACAGGAAACGACAGCAGGGAGAAAGCGCCGUUGCGUCAAGGGGCUAGACUCACCCCAGCGCAGCAUGUUGGCGACGACAGCAGUGGAGAAAGGGAUCUGAACCAUGCACUUGGUGGGCGGGACGACCGGGAGACGAGGGCGGGCACCGCCGGGGGCGGACCUUCUUUGCGGCGAGCGAUCUUAGCGAAACACCCGUGGGCAAAUGCGUGUGCUCUUCCGCGGCUUUUUGAUGUUGCUGUCGACGGUGGUGAUACUUCUCGCCGUGGCGGCGAUCGCGCCUCCUCCGAAUAUGGCAAAUUUUGGUGAGGUAUCGACAUCCCCCGCGGAGUAUGAUUUUAUCGUCGUCGGAGGCGGACCAGCUGGCUCGGUAUUAGCUAGAAGGCUUUCCGACGAACCGAAGAAUCGUGUUCUCUUGCUGGAGGCCGGGAUGCCGAGUCAGUACGAAAUCGGGGGGCAGGACUUCUUGUCGAAUCCGCUGACGCCGUUCGAUAUUCCGCUCAUGUGGUCGAGCGUCUCGCACAUGAAGGAUUUUCACUGGGAAGUAAUGGACCACACCAAGGAGGAGCACCAGAACGCCCUCGUCGCGAAAGCUCUUGGUGGCUGCGGCAUCCACAACGCCAUGCUCUACGUCCGUGGGCUGGAGUCCGACUUCGCCAAGUGGGACGUGGAAGGGUUCGACUACGCCUCCGCGGUGGAAACCUGGAAAAUGAACGAGAACUACACGGGGCCGGAACCCCUUCCCGAGUGGCACGGACGAGGCGGGCUGAUCGCGACGUCACCCCCGGACUUUAUAGAUGAGGUGGCCCCCUUUUUUGUGGACAGCUGCGAAGGGGCGGGUAUCAAAUUGACCGAGGAUUUCAACAAGCCUGGAGGACGGGAAGGAGCGGGAUAUUACCAUUUUGCUGUCCGAGAUGGAGUGCGAGAUAGCGCAGCGAGGGCAAUGCUAGGCGACAUCGUGAUGGGCAGGGACGUUCGCACGAACCUUGACAUUGUGACGGGAGCUCACGUCAGCAAGGUGUUGAUCGAGGAUGCUCAACCGGUGCCGACAGAGUCCGAGGAUGAUGAUGACACCGUGGCGUCACGUUUAGAAGGAAAAGGUGGCCGCACAGUACCAGCGGCGACGGGGGUCGAGUUCGUGCUUGAUGGAAAGGUCGAACAGGUCAAUAUUGCCGCUCCCGGGUCGCACGGGCGCGCGGGAUCGGCUGUUGUCGUUACCGCCGGGGCGCUGCUUACACCCAAGCUGCUGAUGACAUCCGGAAUCGGGGACAAGGCUGAGUUAGAGGGACAUGGCCUUGGUUGCAUCGCUAAUGUCCCAGAGCUUGGCAAGAAUCUGCAGGAUCACGCAAGCGUUGGUGUGAUGUACAUGCUGGGACCCGAUAUUUUGAAGCUAAUGCCUUCGGCCUACACGGUCGCCCAAGAACUGGAGAGAUACAAAAUGGGGGUACUCAAGGCGUUCGACCUUGGCUUCCCCCCCGGUGUGACGAUCGGAGGAGUUGAUUCUGAUGACCUCACGAACGGGGAGCAGAACGCCCCGUCUAUCUUCAGCUCUGCAGGACUCAGUGCGGGAGCGUUCCUCAAGUCCCCCUACGAGUCGCAUCCAGCGGGAUCGAACGAUUCUGCUCCAGACAUUCAGCUGACAGUAUUCCCAAGGGUGACGGAGCCCCACAUUCUCGCCCUCGCGAACAUAAGACCAUCAGCGCAGGCCCCGCCCAUGAUGCUCGUGACGGUCUCCGUGUUGGACCCCGAGGGUCGAUGCGUCGUUCGAUUAAACGAGGAUGACCCGCACCGGGGCAACCCACACAUCGAACGUGACCAGCGGGAGGGGGAGCCCGACCCACUGAGCGAGCUAGACGCGAAGAAGCUGGCGUGGGGGGUGGGGCAAGUACGCAGAAUAGCGCAGACUUCUCCUCUCCUGGAGGAACUCCGGGGAGAGGUUUAUCCUGGCCCCGGGGUGAGCGGUGCCGCCGAUGACACCGCCGGCGAAGACGUCGAUCUGGUGGGCUGGGUCAAGCAGCACGUGUACAGCAACAGCCACUGGUGCGGGACGGCCCGUAUGGGCAAGGCGUCCGAUCCGAAGAGCGUGGUGAACGAGAGGAUGAAGGUAAUCGGUGUCGAUAAUCUUUUCGUCGGCGAUGCUUCUGUGCUACCCUACAUCCCCAACGGGAACGUGCACUCCACGGUGGUCCUCGUGGCCACGAAGCUGGCUAGUUACCUGGUAGCCGAUGCUGCCACUGUCCGCAAGGGCAAAAUAGGAGAUCACCGUGAGUAGGCCGAGUGGCAUUGUGACCCUUGCUUGGAGUCCUGAGUGCUUUAAUGAUUGGAUCGGCGGUGGUCCUGUGAGAGGCUGGGCAGUGGUGUCCAAGCUCCAAGUUUUGGAAUCUGCGUUUGCAUUUUGCGUGGUGCGUGAAGUUGGUCAUGGUGGUGGGGUGAAAUUGUUUGUUUUUGUAUCUUGUUUUCAUUGCCCAGUUUUGCGUAGUUCGCCUGUGACUACGGAAGGCGUGUGCAUCAGUUGGGCCAGUUUUACCGAUGUUAGAAGGUCCUGACCAGAGAUCGAAAUGACGACGACAAUAUCAGCGUAGAUGUUACAAUUUUGCACCGAUGUUCGCAUGUGCUUGUCAAGUAGUCGUUGAUGAAGGAAAAAACUUCCAAUUCAUUGGCUAGGAAAACAGUGGGGGGUCCGCGAGCGUUCCUGUGUUUUACAAUUUGGUGGUGUUGGGGUUGCCUGUGUUUAUUGUCGUGGAGUGCUGUUCCUUUUCGUCCGUGUAGAGCUUAUCCCCCCUAUGGGAACACGAAUAUGUGUUUUUUAGUGUUGAGAAUCUGUUUCCUCCCUUCCCUGUGUAGCUCGUCUCCUUUCUCACGUGGCCGACUGUAAAUGUCUUCCGCUAGCACCAAUACAUUUAGUCUUUAGUAUUUCUGCAACGCCAGAGCUCUGCAAGGGCAAAGCCUCUCCGCGCCUGUAGAAUAUCGUGCGUUCAACUUUGGAGCACGUGUGUCAUGCAUAGCAAAGCAACUUGUGGUUUUCUAACGACUCCUGCAGUCCUUCGCCCUUGUGGCUCAGCAUCACGCACACACGUGCUAUUUCUCUCCUGUGCGCAGAUGCUGUCAUGGUCUCAACGUUGACCUUUUCUGC